UACUUCAGUGUGCUUUCAAUUCACAGUAUUGUUAGCAAAAUGGAGAGAUUAGCAGCAGCAAUGGUGGUGGUAGUUUAUCUAUGCAUCUUCACAGUUCUUUGUGGAAGUGUUAAUGGUGGUGGUGGGUGUAUGAGAUAUGAAACUAGAGCUGCUCCUGUGGAAGGGAAAUUGAAUGUUCAUUUGGUUCCUCAUUCACACGAUGAUGUUGGAUGGUUGAAGACGAUCGAUCAAUACUAUGUUGGAUCCAAUAACAGUCUCCAGGGUGCUUGUAUUAGAAAUGUUCUGGAUUCGGUGGUUGAAUCGCUGCUCCGUGAUCCUAACAGGAAAUUCAUUUUUGCAGAACAGGCCUUUUUCCAAAGGUGGUGGGCAGAGCAGAAUGUGGAGACACAGGAACAAGUGAAGAAACUUGUAGAUUCUGGGCAGUUGGAGUUCAUAAAUGGUGGCUGGUGUAUGCAUGAUGAAGCAACAUGCCAUUACAUAGAUAUGAUUGACCAAACAACUCUUGGCCACCGCAUUAUAAAGAAGCAAUUCAACAAAAUUCCUCGUGCCGGCUGGCAGAUUGAUCCAUUUGGACAUUCUGCUGUGCAAGCCUACCUAUUUGGGGCUGAGCUUGGUUUCGAUUCUCUACAUUUUGCACGGAUAGAUUAUCAGGACAGAGAAAAACGUUAUGUGGAUAAAUCACUUGAAGUUAUAUGGCGUGGGUCCAAGACUUUUGGUUCCUCUUCUCAGAUUUUCACCAAUGCAUUUCCCAUUCAUUAUGGUCCUCCAACUGGUUUUCACUUUGAAGUGAAUGAUGAUUCUUCCCCUGUCCAGGAUAAUCCUCUUCUAUUUGACUACAAUGUUGGAAAGCGUGUAAAGGAUUUUAUUGAUGCUGCUAUGACUCAAGCAAAUGUGACACGCACAAAUCAUAUCAUGUGGACCAUGGGUGAUGAUUUUCAGUACCAAUAUGCUGAAUCUUGGUUCAAGCAAAUGGACAAGUUAAUCCAUUAUGUAAACAAGGAUGGUAGAGUGAAUGCAUUGUAUUCUACUCCGUCGUUAUAUGUUGAUGCCAAAAACGCUGCAAAUGAAUCAUGGCCACUGAAGACCGAUGACUAUUUUCCAUAUGCAGACAGAAAAAUGGCGUAUUGGACUGGGUUUUUCACAAGUCGCCCAGCACUCAAGGGAUAUGUCAGAAUGUUGAGUGGAUAUUAUUUGGCUGCACGCCAACUUGAAUUUCUGGCUGGAAGGAAAUUCUCUGGUCCCAACACAUUUAGCUUAGGAGAUGCUUUAGGCAUUGUCCAGCAUCAUGACGCUGUCACCGGUACUGCAAAACAGCAUACAACAGAUGACUAUGCGAAACGAUUGGCUAUUGGAGCUUCUGAGGCAGAAACUGUUGUAAAUUUAGCUCUGUCAUGCCUUUCAAAUUCGAAAUCUGGCAAUCAAUGUGCAGAUCCUGUUGUCAAGUUUAGUCAGUGUCCGUUACUUAAUUUAAGCUACUGCCCACCGACGGAGGAGGAAAUCCCGGAAGGAAAGAACUUGGUUAUAGUGGCUUACAAUCCUCUUGGAUGGAGUCGUACUGACGUAAUUAGGAUUCCGGUUAAUGAUGCCUAUCUUAUAGUAAAAGAUUCAGAGGGAAACAUAAUUGAAGCGCAAUUUGUGGGGGUCGGUAAUGCUACAAGUAGCUUAAGAAAAUUUUAUACAAAGGCAUAUGGGGGAGUGUCUCCAAAAUGGGUUCCAAAGUAUUGGCUCUUAUUUCGAGCAUCAGUGCCACCUCUAGGAUGGAACACUUACUUUAUUUCUAAAGCUGGUGGGAAAGAGAGCAUAAAAAGUGGAUUUCAUUCUGUAACGAAUGUUCCAAAAAAUGAAACUAUUGAAGUUGGACCUGGGGAUCUGAAGAUGUCCUUCUCAUUAACAUCUGGACAACUUAAACGGAUGGUCAACUAUAAAACAGGGGUGAAUAUUCAGAUACAGCAAACUUAUUUAUGGUAUGCUUCAAAUAUUGUUGACCCUGUUUAUCAGCAGGCUUCUGGUGCAUACAUUUUCCGGCCUAAUCAGUCCAGUGCAAUUCCUGUUUCACAAUCGGUACCUUUGAAGGUUAUGCGUGGACCACUUGUUGAUGAAGUCCAUCAACAGUUCAACUCAUGGAUUUAUCAGGUGACUAGGCUUUAUAAAGACAAAGAACAUGCAGAAGUUGAAUUCACUAUUGGCCCAAUCCCAGUGGAAGAUGGUGUUGGAAAGGAGGUCAUCACACGGAUGAAAACAAAUAUGGCUACAAAAAAGGUGUUCUAUACAGAUUCUAAUGGGAGGGAUUUUUUGAAACGGGUGAGAGAUUACAGAUCAGAUUGGUCACUUUCAAUCAAUCAACCAGUAGCUGGGAACUAUUAUCCUCUUAACCUUGGAAUAUUUAUGACAAACAAGAAAUUUGAGUUCUCAGUCUUGGUUGAUCGUGCCACGGGAGGUGCCAGCAUUAAAGAUGGAGAAUUAGAGCUAAUGCUUCACAGGCGUAUACUUGUUGAUGACUCUAGAGGAGUCGGUGAAGCCCUUAAUGAAACAGUUUGUGUAGAUAAUAAUAAAACAUGUGAAGGGCUUACGAUUCGGGGAAACUAUUACGUGAACAUCAAUCAUCUUGGGACUGGGGCACGAUGGCGCAGAAAAACUGGCCAAGAAGUUUAUUCACCCCUUCUUUUAGCUUUCACACAUGAGAAAAUGGAGAAUUGGAAAGCUUCUCAUGUGACAACGAUGACUGCUAUGGAUCCCAACUAUACUUUACCUCCUAAUGUCGCAUUAAUCACUCUUCAGGAGCUGGAUGAUGGAACAGUGCUACUCAGACUGGCUCAUCUAUACGAAGCUGGUGAAGAUCCGGUGUAUUCACAAAUGGCUAAAGUGGAGUUGAAGAAAAUCUUCACCAGAAAUGUGAUUAAGGAGGUGAGGGAGAUGAGCUUAUCCACAAACCAAGAGAAAUCAGAGAUGAAAAGUAUGAAAUGGAAAGUUGAAGGGGAUGUUGUAGAGAAGCCUCCCAUUAGAGGUGGUCCCAUUGAUGGUUCAUCCCUAGUUGUUGAGCUGGGUCCUAUGGAAAUCCGCACUUUUUUGUUAAGCUUUUAAAAUGCAUUGCACUUUGUUGCUACUUGUUUAGCAAUUUAUUACUUGGGUUUGCAUAA